AUGGCGGAAAACGAGGAUAUUUCACUACAGAACGCUUCUGCUUCUACACCACCAAUAGCUGCAAAUAGUGGCUCUACGCAACACCUUUCUUCAAUCAGCUCACCUAUCAAUGGGGCUAGUAAUGGGCUAACUUCGGAACAGCGUCGGAAGCUGAUCGCGGAAGUUGAGCAACAACGAACUGAGCAGCGUCGCCUGCAGCUGAUUGAAUCACAAAAAAGGGCCGAGGCCCAACGCGAGAAGCAGAGGGAAGAACGUAAACGAAGAAUAGAAGAAACGCGUCAGCGUGAAGAGGCUCGCCAACGGAAGGCUCAUGAAACAAAAAAAGAGAUUGAACGCCAGUAUAAGGUUAGUAAAUUGCGUACUGUCUUACUCGAUCACAUGCAGACCCUUCUUCAAAGAAACCGUGAUCGCACGACAAACAUGUCCGAGCAGUUGCGUCAAGCACAGAACAUGCGUUCCUCUCACAUUCCUUCCAAAUCCACCGUCGUGUCUUCUGCCAACGGUGAUCGCAUGGCUACCUCCUUCACAGUGGCAUUUGGUAGCUCUGCGCCGCGUUCCAUCUGUACGAGAGCUAAUGAGGCUGUUUUACGCUCUCAGGCAGCCUUUGAGGCCCGCCUAGCUAGUUAUCUAAACGGCAGGCAUAGCGGCUGCUUCCUUACUCAGUCCUCUUCAUAUACAACCUACGCGCUAUACGUGAAACCCGACCUCUUGCCCGAGGAUCAUCCCAUUCGCAAGCAUCAUCAGCAGCUACUACUAGAACACCAACACUCCGCUCUCAGUACCCCCAGGCGGGCUGUCUCUGCGAAUCCUGCCAUGCGAAUCGCCAAGAAAACUACGGCUUCAGCUGGUGGUGGGAGUGGCGUUGACGAGGGCAGGAGCAGGGAUGUUAGUGCAGCCAGACAGCAGCCAUCUCAGUAUCAUCGAUCGCGACCGACCGAGAGGCAGAUUGCUGGACAGGCGAGUCUACCACCGCUUCGAAGGGCCACGAGUUCUCAGCACUUUGCCGAACCAACUAUCGCCUAUACUAACAAAGUGAGGGGCGUUCCGCCUCCUGAGCCUGCUGUCCCUCUAGGAUACAAGGUGGACGCGUCUAGAAGUGAUGACGCCCCGCUUAAGCGAAGAAUUGUGCCUGGACGUUCCAACGUACCCAGGGAUCGUUGCAACAGCUAUGCAGCGCCAACGACAGCCUCAAUGAAUCGCCAAAGAGCACCUUCGCAUGACCAAAAGCCGCCGAGGGGUGAGGAUCGCACUGGCCUGACCACUUCAACCACUCUGCCGCGUCGAAGACCCUCUGUUCCCAUCAGCACUACUGCGGCAAGUCAAGGUCGGGGGCGUUCACGGGUUCGAGAGACUACUACGGCGAAAGCGCGACCGACUGAGGCACCAACGCUGAAACCGGCACUCUCAAAGUCCUCAAAACCAGUACCAAUUAAGAAGACCUCUUUGUUUGGUGAGGAGGGCACCGCGGAAGUGGUAGAAAAAUUGAAAGAAGUGGAUCAAACAAAGCCAAUCGACACAUCCUCGGAAUCACCACCAUUCACGAGAUCCUUGGAAGUCCCUGUUUCAGCACAAGAUACCGUCUCACAAUUGGAGGAUCUGAAAACCGAACCAUCUCCUUCGGUUGAAACCCAACCAGAAUUUGACCUUGACGCUGUUUCACGAUCUGUCACCGAGCCAUCCAUGACUGGUGAUGAUGUGGAAAAAGCACCACAGACAUCGCCCACAGAGGUGUCUGAAAACACAAGUCAGAAAACGGAGCCUGAGAAUUUCCCUGAGGAAAAGGAGGAGAAGGGAGUUCACGGGGUUGUGGUAGACGAGAAGAAUAAAGAAGAGGUUCAGGAGACGGAAGUUCUUAACGAUGUCGUAGCAGAAGUUGACCACGAUGAGGCGCAGGAAUCCACCUUCUCAGGAGAUGGUGACAGCCUGGAAGAGGAGACAGUUCCAGAGAAAUCGCAAAAGCCAGCGCUUCAGCUUACAAGUGGCCCUAUUAAAGCGUCGACCACGGGAUCCGGCGAGGGUGGCUGUUUACCAGAGGAAGAAGAGGCCAUAUAUCGUGCCAAAAUGGCUGAACAACGAAGACUCGCUAAGGAGCGAUUGGCUGAACAAGAGCGUAGCUUGAGUAAGACUGUCCUGAUUCUUUACUGUUCUAUGGAUGCUCUGGACAGACGCGAGGCGGAAGAGGAGAGAGAGCGGAAGGAGCGGCGCGAGGCUGAACGCCAAGCUGCCAUUCAGGCUGCUCGCGAGCGUGCGGUUGAAGAAGCCCGACUGGCUGCCGAGGCUCGACUCGCUCGUGAGGCCGCUGAACAGGAAGCGCGUCUUCAUGCUGAACAUGAAGCUCAGGAACGCGCUGCUAAAGAGCGCCAGAGGGUGCGUCGGGUCUCAUCCCAUUUACUUCUCGCUCCUCCCAUUCUCUUGAAAUCAGCUGUUAAUGUGUCCGCCGAGAAGUUUGUUUUGUUGUUCAUUUCUCCCCGCCUCUUAAUUCCUUCUGUCUUCACAAUUCCUGAUUUUGCCUUCAGUUUUGCAAUUUUACAAAGUUUCGAUACUUCAAAAUCUUCUUUGGUUUCCAAAUUAUUCAGGCUUUAG